CUCCUGGGCUCCCUGGCUGGACCUGGCUGGACUGACUCCCUGGCUGCGAUCCCAGCAGAGCGAUGUCUCCAGACCCUUUCUGUCUCCGAGGCGGGAGCAGUGAACUUUGUUCCAGUUUUUCCUGGACCUCUCCCAAACAGAGCCAGAAGUUGUCUUUUUGAAUUGCUUGCAGCUUUCCCUCUAAACUUUGAAACCAUUCAUGGAAGCUGAUGGCAAUGCUCUUGUUCCUUUGCGUCAGAAGACAAAAAAGAAAAGUCAAGGGUUCUUCACAAUGAGCCGACGGAGGAUAUCUUGUAAGGAGCUGGGGCAAGCCGAUUGCCAAGGAUGGCUCUACAAAAAGAAGGAAAAAGGAGCUUUCAUUGGCAACAAAUGGAAGAAGUUCUGGUGCGUGCUGAAGGAGUCAUCGCUGUAUUGGUACAGCAGUCAGCUGGCUGAAAAAGCAGAAGGAUUUAUCAGACUUCCAGACUUCAGUGUGGACCGAGCAACAGAAUGCAAAAAAAAGCAUGCUAUUAAGAUCAGCCACCCACAGAUCAAGACAUUUUAUUUUGCGGCAGAAAAUGUUCUGGAAAUGAACACGUGGCUAAGCAAGCUGGGGAUGGCUGUAGACCCUCAGGCACCCAAUGGGAAGAAUGAAGAAGAAUGCUAUAGUGAAAGUGAACACGAUGAUCCAGAAAUAACAGACACGCCACCUCCCCCCUACAUGGCCCAGUCACAACCUCCUCAGUUGCAGGAUCAACAGAAGUCCUCUUUGACCUCGACUCUGUCAAGUGAAGCAUCUUGCUCUCUCUCAUCUCCUGAAAGCACUUUGAACUCCCAAGAGUCGUCAUCAUCCUUGACGUCCAAAGUAGUUUAUUCUGAGAGGCAGUCCUGGCUUGACCUUGUUAACAGCUCAGCUGUGGAAGAGGGUGAUCAGCCUUUAACCUUCUGUGUGCAGAUUCACUCUGAUGAGCAACCAGAAGUAGACUGUGGAGAAGCGGAAGUAAGCCAGAUCUGGCCCAGUAGUGGAUCCCAAAACACUUUUUUAGGUCUGGAUACACAUCGCCUAACUGUGCCAGAUGCAACAGGACAGAAAUCACCAGCCAAAGAUCAGGAAAAAUGUGAUGAUGAUGAGAUGGAGCGACUUUACAAGUCAUUAGAACAAGCAAGCCUGUCUCCCAUCGGUGAUCGUCGGCUGUCAACCAAGAAGGAGCUUAGAAAGUCAUUUAUCAAACGGAGCAAAAACCCCUCCAUUAAUGAGAAACUCCACAAAAUUCGAAUGCUAAACAGCACAUUAAAGUGUAAAGAACAUGACCUGGCCACAAUUAACCAGUUGCUAGAGGACCCAAAGUUGACGGCAAUGAAGUACAGAGAAUGGAGGAACACAAACAUCAUGCUGGUCCAAGAUAUCUAUCAGCAACAGGAGGUCCAGGAUGUGUCCACAGAAAAUAGUGAGGAACAAGAGACAACACCAUUGGCUAUCACUGAAAGUGCUAUCUGAGGCUGUGUAUCGACAGUUCACUGCAAGAUUUUUUUCCCCACAGGUCUUCAUGUAAAGACACUUUAAACUGUUGCAUUCUGACUUUUUUUUCCCCCAAGUGUUCUUCAUAAGGAAAACAGCCCCUUCUCCAAAGCUUUAAUUCCUUUUGCAAAACUUAUUUCAUGU